GAAAAAUCAAUGAUGGAUUUACAGUUCCAUUCGCCGGUAUUGAUAUUCUCCUAACGCCUUUUAGGGUUUUUACCGUAACAUUUUUUCUGUUUGUUAGCAUUCACCCCCUUUAAACUGUUAAUCACAAGGCGUAUGUCUGACUGAGAGUGUGUUUGGGCUUUUUCUUCUAAUGAUUGAGUUUGUUUUCUAAAGCAAUUGAUGGCCAUGUUUCCAGACAUCGCCGCGGUGGUGGAUUUUUAGGGAUUAAUCUAGUUUGGAGUUUUGCUAUUGGAGCAAGUGAAGACACCAAACGGAAUUGGAUUGCCAGGUUCUCAGAAGGAUGCUGCAGUGAGCAUGCUCAGAGUGCUCUUCAUUACCAUGGUUAUAUAUGGCAGUGGCCAGCCCUGUGUGGGCCCGGACAACUGUUCCACCAACAGUGAGUCCAUGGAUUACUGCUACUCGGCACGCAUCCGAAGCACUGUGCUCCAGGGCCUACCGUUCGGAGGGGUCCCCACUGUCUUAGCUCUGGAUUUCAUGUGUUUCCUGGUGCUUCUCUUUGUCUUCUCCAUUUUACGAAAGGUGGCCUGGGAUUAUGGGCGUUUGGCUCUGGUUACUGAUGCUGACAGAUUGAAGAACCGUCUCAGCGGAAUCGAGGAACGUGAAUAUGUGGCCUCAGCUAUGCACUCAGAAACACCGGACCAUUAUGAGCGCCUCACCUCUGUCUCCAGCUCUGUCGACUUCGAACAGAGGGAUAACGGCUUCUGUUCCUGGCUGACGGCUAUCUUCAGAAUUAAGGACGAAGAAAUCAGGGAGAAAUGUGGCGAGGAUGCAGUCCACUACCUCUCAUUCCAGCGCCAUAUCAUUGGUCUUCUAGUGGUGGUGGGCGUUCUCUCCGUGGGCAUUGUUUUGCCUGUUAACUUCUCUGGUAACCUGUUGGAGAAUAAUGCAUAUAGCUUUGGACGGACCACGAUAGCUAACCUUAAAUCUGGAACCAACCUCUUGUGGCUCCACACGUCGUUUGCAUUCAUGUACCUGCUGCUAACCGUGUACAGCAUGAGACGACACACAUCCAAGAUGCAUUACAAGGAGGAUGACCUGGUGAAGCGAACUUUAUUUAUUAAUGGAAUCUCAAAGUAUGCUGAGGAAAUGCACAUAAAGCAACACUUUGAGCAAGCCUAUGAGAACUGUACAGUAUUGGAAGCCCGGAUCUGCUACAAUGUUGCGAAACUUAUGUCUCUCAAUGCAGAGCGAAAGAAAACAGAACGAAGUAAGAAGUUCUUCACUGACUUGAUGGCCAAAGAGCACAUGCCCACCAUGAUCAACCCAAAGCCCUGUGGCCACCUCUGCUGCUGUGUCAUCAAAGGUUGUGAGGAGGAAGAGGCUGUGAGCUACUAUACAAAGUUGGAGGCCAAACUUAAAGAAGAGUACAGGAAAGAGAAAGAGAAAGUUAACACCAAACCCCUUGGCAUGGCAUUCGUCACCUUCCAGAAUGAAGCUAUGACUGCAAUAAUUCUGAAGGACUUCAAUGCUUGUCAGUGCCAAGGCUGCACAUGUCGCCAGGAGCCCAGGUCAUCCCAGUUCAGUGAGAGCCUCCAUGUCUACAACUGGAGUGUAACCUAUGCCCCUGACCCUCAGAAUGUGCGCUGGGAGCACUUAUCGUUAGGGGGCAUCUCCUGGUGGAUUCGUUGUUUCAUUAUCAACUGCAUCCUUUUCCUCCUGCUCUUCUUCCUCACCACUCCAGCCAUCAUCAUCUCCACCAUGGACAAGUUUAAUGUUACCAAACCUGUUGAAUAUCUCAAUAACCCUAUUGUUACACAGUUCUUCCCCACACUUCUGCUGUGGGCAUUCUCAGCCUUGCUCCCCACCAUAGUGUACUAUUCUGCAUUCUUCGAAGCCCACUGGACACGGUCUGGAGAAAACAGAACCACAAUGCACAAAUGCUAUACCUUUCUAAUAUUCAUGGUGCUACUUCUGCCUUCCCUUGGUCUCAGCAGUUUGGACGUGUUCUUUCGGUGGCUAUUUGACAAGAAAUUCCUUGCCGAUGCUAAAGUCAGAUUUGAGUGUGUUUUUCUCCCUGACAACGGAGCUUUCUUUGUCAACUAUGUCAUUGCAUCUGCAUUCAUUGGGAAUGCUAUGGAUCUACUGAGGAUUCCCGGCUUGCUCAUGUAUAUGAUCAGGCUCUGUUUGGCCCGCUCUGCUGCUGAGAGGCGCAACGUGAAGAGGCAUCAAGCGUACGAGUUCCAGUUUGGUGCAGCCUACGCCUGGAUGAUGUCCGUCUUCACUGUAGUGAUGACGUACAGCAUCACCUGCCCCAUCAUUGUCCCCUUUGGACUGAUGUACAUGCUGCUCAAACACCUGGUAGAUAGAUACAACAUGUACUAUGCCUACUUGCCCUCCAAACUGGAUAAGAAGAUUCACUCAGGGGCUGUCACCCAGGUGGUGGCUGCACCGAUCCUCUGUCUCUUCUGGUUGCUCUUCUUCUCUACAGUGCGCACAGGUUUUGUCACGCCAACAUCUAUGUUCACCCUGGUAGUUCUCAUCAUCACCAUAGUGGUGUGCCUGUCACACGUCUGCUUCGGACAUUUCAAGUACCUCAGCGCUCACAACUACAAGGUACGGGUCACCGUGCUCAAGAUUGACACCAAGGAGACAGAUGUUGAUGGGGUUGAAAAUGGACACCCGCAACGCUCUUCUCCCACAAAUAAGUCUCAGCAGCAGAUGUACAUUGCACAAGUCCUUCAAGACCCAAACUCUGAUGAGGCUGGGGCAGGCAGUGGGGAGGAAGACAGAGGGUCUUCGCAGGAUGAGGAAAUGAUAAAUGCAGGGAAUAGCCUCAAUGAGGCCGAUUUCCAAUCAGGGGAGGACAGCCUAAUUGCCAAUGAAGUGCACAACUAACACCACCAGCGGAGAAGGAGAAAAGAGAGAGGAUGGAGGUGGCAUCGAGGGAGAAUACCAGAGAGGGUCCACAAACACCAAUCUCAAAUCACAAAGAUAAUGCUCGUCAUCAGUUACCGUUGAAACCUUGGAAGUCUGAUGGAAUGAAAUAUGGCUUUUUUUCACUUUUCUUCAUCAGCACUGUUUAAAGUGACAAAUACAUUGAUAAAUACAUUGUAUAUGUAUUAUAUCUAAAAUAUUUUAUUUUGAAAGAAGUUCUUCUUUUAUGCCCUUUUCCCUCUGUCACCCUAGAUUCAAUUUCGAUUGAGCAUUUGCCAGGAUUCAAAGGGAAGAAAAAAAUAUUUAAUCAUGAUUAAAAUAUAGAGCAAACAAAUUAUUAGAACCCCUAAACCCCAAUCUGACAUUUAUUUGAAUACAAAAAUCUCCCAUUCACAUCUUGAUGAUUUAAUGACUUGACCAAAUCAAUUUAUAUCUCUCCCAUUUGUGAAGCUCAUGUCCAUGGACAAAUGUCCUGACAUUUACAGUAGAUUGAUCGUUAAGAAAUUAUGGAUUUACAAUGUUCACAGUGAUACCAUCCAAUGAUAUGGCUAUUAAUAAUCUUUAGGUGACAUUAGACAUGCGAGACAGGGGAUCUGGACAAAGCCAGUUCUUGACAGUUCAGACACCAGCUCCUGUUCCUUUCCAUAUCAUUUAGCUUUGAUGGGGUUGCUCCUCACUGACUCAGAAUUUUUUUUGGAUGCAGAAGACACUUUCUUUAGUUUUUCUUUAUUUCACCUCUACUACCUUAAAAAUGAACAUGUACCCCAGAAAUUGGGUCAUUUUGUGUUUGUGCUGUAUAGUAAGAAACUAGUAUCUGCUGAUAUUGGAGGUAGGUCAUUCAGCAAUAGUUCUGUAGUUCAUCUUCUGUUGUGGGUCAUGGAAAAAGCUGUGCUUUUUCACCCAUUGGUUUACCUUUCCCCUUGUUAUCAGGUCCAUUUAAGGUGUUUCUGUGUGUUUUGUCUUCUCUGUGUGCACUAAAAGUAGAUCAAUACAUACAAAUUUACAGAUGAAGGAUGGAAAUGAUCAGGUAACUAAAAGUAUACAUUCUAAAAUGUUCAUGAUUGUCUGUCAAGAGUGUCCGACAUUUCCUUCUACAUUGUUGGGAAGAAAAUAUAAUACUGCAUAUUUAGACAAAAAAAUGUAUACAACAUACUACGUUAAAAAUAUAUAAAAUCUGGAUGAGACAGUAGUGUUAUGCUUGUAAAGCUUAAAUCAUUAUUAGCAUUUGGUUUUGAUAAUCAUUGUCAUUGUAGUUACAAAGCAAGUAGAACAUCGAUGUAUUCCCUUCUAGUAAACCUCUUUAUGUUUGACAAAGUCAGCUGGUGCCUGGAGACGGUUCAAAAGGAAACUAGAAAGAAGGCAGGGCGCGGGUAGACACCAAUAAACUGUUCUUGCCUAUAGUUGUACUUUUUACCCUUAAAACCCUCCAAUCAGAGGUACACUGAGGUCAAGCUUUAUGCAUCUCUGGAGGAACCCGAGUCCCUAUGAACAAUCUGGUUUCCUACGUUCGGGGAAAAAAAUCAUGAAGAGGUUAGAUAUCCAUGUAAAUGUAGCCUUAGAGUUUUACUUAGAUAUUUGUUGUGAAAUGCAGCACCAAUGAAUAGUUAUGCUUCCAAUUCCUUCAAGUGUUCUGUGAGGAUUUAGUGUAUAGUGCAUUUUAAUGCACAUAUGUCUAUGUGAAUUACCAUUGCGUUGCAUCUCUGAGAUGCUGGUGAAGUGCAAUCUGCUGGGUGUCUAUUCAAGGAGAGAAGGCAGCAUUGUGGGCGAGCUGGGACAUCCAUCACAUUUGUUUUGCAAGUUCUAGGAUAGAACUAUGGCACCUGGUUUCAUUUGACGCUAUGGCCCCUGCCCUGAGUUUCUACUGUUUGAGAGUUAAGCGCAGGUAAUGAGGUUGCAUACCUGAAUACCUCAUCUUCUAAUAAGUGACAUCUGGGGUUCCUCUGUAAGAUUUGCCUAUGAAACUCUUUCAGUUCGACACAAAUAAAAGUAUUGGAGCACCUGGAAAUGGCAGAAAGUGAAUUGGACAGCCCACAUGUUGGUAACCUUACAAAUUGAUCAAUCCUAUGCCUUUGAUAGGUGUAAUAAUGCCAUAUCCCAUUCUAGCAAGUUUCUAAAAGUACAAGUCAGUGGGACUAGAGGUUGAUUCGAGACAAUUGUACAUCUGGCUCAAAGAAUGUGCACUGAAAGUGAAGGUCCACUAGUGUUCACUGUAUAAUUGUGUUUUUUAUUAAUUGUAAUGCUUAUGUUUUGGAAUAGAGACGUGUCGUCUCAGAACCAUGCAUUGUAAUUAUUUAAGGAUGUUAAAACAGUUUUAAUCAGGAACGUUGCAAUAGCUACAAAGUUCUACAUUUAGCAAAGACUAAAUCUACUAUGUAUGUGCAGUGUGACUUGUUGUAAUGUUGUAUAGUCUCAGGUGUUUUUUUUCCAAACGAAAUGUUUACAUCAGCUUUUUGUUAUAUUACUCUUACUCUUGAACUGGAGCAUUUUCAUAUUCGACACAAAGCUAGAAUGAACUAUGAAAGCUGUAGCCAUCAGGAACAUUUUAAAGAUUGAGCAGGAAAAUAUACAAUCGUCUCGAUUAUAAAUCUUCUCGUCUGACUAAGAAAUGUGUUACUCGGUUGAGAAAUCUUAACAUUUACCAAUGCAAUGUUUGUUCUCUCUCUGAAUACCUUGGCUACAUGCAUGAGACACUGUAGCAUCAAUGUGUCAACUAUGGGUUUUUUUUCUUCCUUUUUUUUCUAACUUGCAUUUCCCUUUCAAAAGAGGGUCCAAAAUCCCCUGUCAAGAUUGUAUGUACACUCACUCCAACAAUUACGUAAAUGUUUCUGUCACCUGUCCAAGAACUCUGGGUACAGAGGCUUGCAAACAGUCUCUCUCUCUCUCUCUCUCUCUCAAGGGAAAUUAAGAUACUCAUACUCUACGGUGAAAAGGUUGUGAGCUAUUUUUGUAAAUUGUAAAAGGAACUGUGUUGAGAUACACUUAACCUGUUUACAGUUUGAAGUAUUUGAUACCGAAAAUGUAUUAAAGAGAUGUUAAUAUCUGUGAGUUGGAUUUUUAAUACAUUAGCCACCAACAGUUAUUAUUUUCUUUGUUUGAGAUACAAAACAUUGUAGCAUUGUAUUUAAAUUAUGGAAAGAUGAAUGUGAUCUAAAAGAAACUGUAAACUGCUUGGCCGAAAUAACUGGGCUUGAUUUGCUCCGAGAUGAUGUGAGUUAGAAACAUUUUUUGUAAAUAGCUAUCAAAUGCAUUUAGUUAUGCGAAGUGUUAUGUUAUAGAGUGCACAUGUACAGUUUCUAUAAUUCAUGACUAUUGGGAGAGCUUAUUAUGAGUAUAGCAUUUGAUCACACUUUUUUAUGAUGGUGUUUAACACUGAGACGACUUACAGUAGGAAAUCCUUGUAGGUAAAUUUAACGCUGUGGAUUUGUUAGGCUGUGAAUACAAUUUUUGGGGAUUUCUGUCCAAAGGUCGUAUGUGACAUUUUUUUCAGUUCCUUGAUCAAUAAAACUGUCAUUCAUCCUU